CGAAGCUGUUAUUGAAAAUAUUAUUUUAGGUUUUACAACAAACAUUUUUAAAUAUUAUUGCGGGAGGAACUGACCAUGUGUGAAAGAAUCUUGCUCUUAGCAUGUUUUUUAUGGAUGGCUGCUAAAACGGGUGCAGCUCAAGAACUUGUGUAUGUGUGGGGGCCAAAUCCCAUCAAAAAUAAGUACUCACUUCUCUUGACGUUUGUCACCGUAUACCCGGAUAACGAUCUACACAUUCGUUAUUUAGAUUACAAGAACAGUCGGAAUGUUCUGGUGACGCAUGAAAGAAAUCUGAGACAGAACUCAAGAACGACCUAUACAUUAGUUGAAGUGGACGGAAUUAAGGAAUACAGCCACUUCCUGUUGGAGAUGGAGACUGCAAACCCUUUCGAAUUUGUCGCGCUGACUGAAUUGACUAGUAAGGUCGCCAUCGACAAUUUCCGAUCAAUACCCACCAUUGACUGGAGUAUUGAAUAUGCCGUGAUGAUUCGUACAAAAUCAAACUACAAAACUGUAAGCGUCUUUAGUUUACAGGCGCAACGUAUUUCAAUUGAGUACCAAUCAUACGCAGACUCAGAGGGUCCUCUAUUCGAAGGGUAUAUGCUGAAGUCAACACAAAUGCAACAGGAUGGCAUAAUGGCUAAACCAUACGUGCCGGAGGACAUUACUGUCUUUAUAAUUACCUACGAACAGAAUAGGUUUGUCCACGCCGCUUUUUUAACUGGCGAGCAAAGAUUUGGCUGCUUGCUACUUGGGUCACAAAAUGAUGGACUCUUUCCGGCGGAUAUUGCAUUUGUUCCACCUCCACCUGUGAAGUAUACUUUUUAUGGACGAAAAUUUAAGAAAUUCGGCCUUCCGUAUGACAUCAUAAUCAAAAUUUUAGUCCUUAAAGAUGUAUCCCCGCCUAAUGUAGUAAAGUUUGAGCUUUUUAAUGGUACGAAAAAAGAAGUCAGCUCAUUUAAUUAUGGAACCGUUUUAGAGUUUACCAACCUUGCAAAGAUUGAAUCAGUCAUACCGUUUCAAGCUUUCGCAAUGAAAACUCUGGAGUCCUACGUACAUGUACAACUUGAUUUGUUUUCAUAUUUCAAACGUGCACAUGUAAUACUGAAUCCAAUGAAAAUGGAAAUAUUAGAGGUCAAUUUAACACUGACGGGUACAAAAAUUGCAUUGGAAACUCUCACACUAAAUGACGAUCCUUUGCAUUUGAAAGAUUUAACGGUAAUUCACGAAGAUGAUCAAAUAUAUACAGGGUACGCUCGUGUUAGUUUUGCCCCUAUGAAAAUCAGCUCGUCACAAAAUGUGUCAGUUUUCGUACAAGGUGGAGACACUGAAGCUUUGUAUUACGAAUAUUCUAGUUUUGGGCCGACAACCUCCUUGGAUCCCAGAAAGUUUGACAUCAACUUAAAGGAGUGGCUUACUUCUACAACGGUAAAAACCUCAGCAACUGCAAGAAAUACACAAACUUCUACAGCUGCUGGAAUCCCAACAUCUGAAACAACAUUGCGAACAACAAGCCCGACGCAAUCUAUACAAGUAACAUCGAGCAAAAUUGGAGAAACGCCACCUACUAUAUAUAGUGAAUUUAAUGUAGUUUGCAAUCCUGAUCGCUACGGGAAGGAUUGCGCCCGCGUCUGCAAAUGUAGUCAGAAAUGUCGAAUGGAUGGGACGUGCUCCAACGAACCGUGUAGGAUUGGAAAAUUUGGGGAUGGUUGUAGACACGAUGACUUAACAGUGCUCGCUGUUGAGGCUUCGCCACCAGAACUUUUCGACGCCGAUACGGAUACUGGUCAAAUUUUAAGAGACACAAAAGUCGAGUUGACAUUGAAAAACCCUACUCCCACCAAUUCUUUUACUUUUGUCUUCGAAAAAGGAGCUGAUUUAAGCGAAAUCACAGCCAAUAAAUUUGACAUCAAAGUGUGGGACGAAGAGAACAAGGAGAUGGUAGCCCUCACGGAGGAGUACACAGUAGCGGCUGAGGAUGGUAGUGUGACGGUCCAUUGGGAGAGACCGAGAGUCGUGACGAAAAUUAAAGUAUUGGUCUCCACUGAACAGAAGGCCAUGUCGUUUCAUUUGGACGGGGGAGUAUUAAUACAACCGAAUGAUGAACGAAAUCACACCAAGGGUCAAGGAGACACGAAAUUUCCGUUUUUAAAUAUCAAUGUUGGGUAUCCGACCCCCGACCCCCGAGUUGCUACAGUCAUCACGGACGGCGAUCGACAUUCUACCUGUAUCGAAAGAGAGGAAGUUGACAACGUAACGAUGAUUUUCUCAGUCUGUACUCUACUUCAGCGGAUCAUGAUUUACACGCCAGGCUAUGGCGAUUGGAAACUUGCAGUGUGGUGCUACGAUACAGAGGGCACUGAAGUUAUGAACACUGAGGUUUCUAGUAGCAUAGAUCGAAUUUACCAGGUCAAUGUGAAUAAGAAUGUGAUGAAAGUCUACAUAGAAAAACUCUCUGGAUCUCUUUUUAUGUGCGAGAUCGAAGCCUUCGCAAAUUCACACGGGCCACUUAAAGACACGGUAGAGGAGAGAGCUGAGAUGGGCGCAUUCUUCGUCGCUGGGUACUCCGCCCUCAUACUCAUCUGUUUGAUGUUCUCAAUGUUGCUCAUAUGUGUGAUGCUGUCUCUCUACAUGAGCUGGCGUCGGUCCACCUCGACAGCUAACGAGUGAUACAGUUAGUGGAAUAGUCUUAGCCGUGGUUGGCGUGGGAAAUGAAAAAAAUUAGGGCGAAACAAAAUUUCAUUUAUCCUAGAACAAUCUUGUUUCUACAUUGCAUUUGUUUAUUCAUUAUGUUUAUAUUUUGUUUCAAAAUGGUUGUUAUGAACCCGUUUUUAAUUUAUUUUUAUAGUUUUAGUAUAUUUCUAUAAAUGAAGAAGUAUUUUUUUCAAAAUGAUUGAUUAUUUUUAAUUUGAAAACUAAGUGCCAUGAAUUUGAUUUUCAUGCUAAUAUCAAUGAAGAUUAAUCAUUUUAUUUAUUUUUUAAGGAAAAGAAAUAUAAUUUAACCAAAUUAUAUUGCAUUAUAUGUUUAUGGUUUGUUAAUAUAAUGCAUGUUAUUUAAUUUAAUUAAGCCUUACAAUAAAAGAAAAAGAGAAUUCACUGAUGUGUGUAGCUUUCUUCGUUUCUUUUUCGUUCUUAAAAUUUAAUAAACUAGUU